AUGCCAAUGAUUGAUUUAAAAUCGAAAAAUUCAAGACUCAAUCGUCGUUUUUUAUGUUUAUUUCGACGUAAAAAACCUUCAUCAAUCGAUAUAACUUAUUCUUAUCAAUAUACGAUGCAGUUUCCACGAUUACCUAUAACACUCCCGCCAUUUGUUCCGACAUUAAUGUCUUAUCGAUGGAAUGACGAAGAUGAUUGUGAACCAUUAGCUAAAAAAUCUUCACAUAAUAAUACUAAUAAUCAACAACAUCCUCCUCCUCCUCCUCCUCAUCAUCAUCAUCAACAUAUUCGUCGACGUUUACCAAAACGUUAUGGUAAUAUCAUUGGUUCAUUUACAAGAAAAAAUUUUUCAUUACGAAAAGAUUCAAUAAAUCGAGAAAAACAAAAUGUUCUUCCAUUAUCUCAAUCGAAUCAUUUUUCAACUACUAAUUCUCGUCGUCAUUCAUUAAAAUCUCUAAACGAUACAAUUCAUUGUUUUAAUUCACAUAGAAAAAAAUCUCAUGAAAUAAAAGAUCAUCAUUAUAAUCAUACAAUAAAACAUAAUGAUAUUCUUGCACAACGUAUGCAAGCAGCAAUGAGUAGUGAAUUAAUGCAUUCACUUGAUCGAAGUUUUAUUUUUGGUCAUCAUAAACAAUCAACAAAAACAAAUUCUAUUAGGACACGUUCACAUUCAUUUAAUAUUUGUACAUUUUGGAAUGAUAAAUCUGAUGAUAAUUCUUAUGAUUAUUUUAGAUCAAAUAUUAAAAAUGAUUUCAAUAAAGAAAAUAUUUCUAUUCAUGUACCAACACCUGAUUAUGAUGAACAAAAUGAAGAUAUUAUUAUACAAACAUUAAAACCUGAUAAUGAUAUUAGUGAAGAACCUAUGGUUGAUUAUGAUGAUUCAAAAUCAAUUAUUAAAUAUGAUUUAGAUGAUAAAUCAAUAAUACAUACGGAUCAUGAAAUUUUAUCAUCAUUUAUUAUUCCACAAACAUCAACAAUAAAUAGUGAAGAACAAAUAUCUAUACCACCUUUACCGCCACCAUUACCUAAUCUAGAUAAUAAACAAAAAAAAAUAACAUUUCAUUGUCGUACUAUUGCUGAUAAAUUAUCAUUUGAUCAUAAACUUAUUCUUAAAGAUGAAGAAGACGAAGAACAAGACGAUGAUGAUGAUGGCUUGAAACAAUUAGAAUCAUUAAAAAUAUCUUCUCAUAAUUUAUCGAAACCUCAUUAUUAUCAUAUAUCAAAAGAUUUAACAUUACGUAAAAAUUCUCAAUCAUUAUCAUAUACAUAUUCACCCGAUGUUUCUAUAUCACAAUUAACUAAUCAUGAAACAAAUUUAACAAUAUUAUGUCAAAAUCCAUCAAUAACUGAUGAACAAAUUCAAGAUUGUUUAUCAUCAUCAUCACCAGGUACAUCAAUUGGUAUUGAUCAUGAUGAUGAACAUCGUUCAUCAUCAUCAAAACUUUAUAAUGAUUAUAAAAAACAAGCUUCAUUAAUAAGUAUACCAACAAGUACAAUACAUAGUCAUUCUAUUAUAAUACAACCAAUGCAUACACAAUUUGGAUUACGUUCAUCAGCAUCAUCAACUUCUGAAAAAUUAGUAGACAUGACUUUGCCAAGCAAACAAAUGAACGUGUGUGUCAUCAAUCAACUAAAUGAACAUUUAUCGACACGUUUCCGUAAGCAACAAGAGGAGUUAUGUUCAAACAAUUUUAAUAAUUCUGAUAAUAAUCAUUAUCAAAGUUACGAUUCAUUACAGGACUAUAUGUCUGAGAAUAAUAAUAUCCAAUCAGAUGUUCAUGAUGAACAAAAAGAUGUACCAGCGAUCAACUCAAUAUGUUUAACUUCAAUACCUCCACCUCCACCACCACCACCACCCUAUCUAGAUUUUAUUGCAUUUGAUAAAGUUAAUUGUGUUUCUUUCUCUUCUCAUUUCUAUAUCAGAUUACCUGCUGAUGGAUUUCGUCCAAUAAUACCAGCUAUAAAUCGUACAUCGAAUUCUCAACGAACAUCAAUUAUGACAUUGUCACGUGAAGCGAAUAAUUCAACUAUACCUUGCAGUACUGGUACAUCAACAAUAUCAAGUAAUUUAUCUGAUACACGAAUUUUACGUGAAUUACGUGAAAAUCCAUUAUUUACACGUGCAAAACAACAACUUGAAAUUGAACCGGGUUCAAAUGGUCGACGAUCGGGUCGUCGAUUAAUUGGAUCAACAUCAAAUAUAACAAAUACUGAAACAAUAACUAAUGAAACAGUAUCUUAUAUACAAUUAGAUAAUUAUACAAAAACAAAUUUAAAAAAAUCUUAUGAAACAAAAAAUUUACAACAAUUAGAAACAAUUAUCAUGCUUCCAAAUGAAUUAGAAGCUAUACUUGGAAAACGAACUAAAUCAACAAAUGAUAUCAAUCAAAUAAAAUCUCGUCCAUGUACAAAAUCAUUAAUACAAACACAAUGUCGACAAUCAGAACUUGAACUUAUAUUUCAAAAACGUGCGCAACGAAGCGAACAAAAUUUGAUGUGA